AUGCUUGUCAAGAAAGAAUCUUCGCCUUUAGAGGGCGAGUCUGGUAUGAAAACGGCAACAACCGAGAGCCCGCAGAGCUCACGAGAUGAUCAACCGUUCAAAACACCACCUGAAAGACUAGCACCACCCACACCAAUUCUCACACCUGCACCACCUGCAACAUUUGCACCGCCCAUCCCACAGACAAACAUGCCCACAACUGCACCCAAACAAGCCCAGGCCCAAGACCCCUAUUUCACAUACAAAAGAAACUGUCGUCUGGCUUGGAUAGGGUAUCUUGGACUCCUCAACAAAGUCAAACUGCGCGAGGGGCCCGAUGGGCUGCCCUGCUUCAUCGGCAUGCCGCCCGAGUAUUCAACAUCCAGGAUUAGCCCCAAUGCCCUAGAGAGGCUCCAGAAAGAGGCGAUGGGGGACCCGAGAAACUCAUUUAUUUGUCUCCAAGACGUUCUCACCAUACUACGCAAUCGACCUCUACAUACCCAUCUUGUGUGGCAUGCCAUGCAACUAAAACUCGUUACGCCAAGCGGAAUCAGUGUCUUCCUCGCAGACCGAAAUCAUCUGAAAUACUGGGAGGCAGCAGGGUCAAGAAAUGUCCUGGCUCUCCUCAACACGGAAAGUUCAGUACAGGGAGUCCCGAAAGAUGCCCUAACCUACCAGGCAAUUCUACCCGCCAUGAACCGCCUCGUUGGAAUCCGUACCUUGGAAGAAGACCCCGCCAGCUUCCCAAGCUACGUCCCCGCCAUGGCCUCAUUCGAAAGAGCCAUCUGGAAAGGUCAAAAGGCAGAAGACCUUACCCAGCGCCGGCAGUGGGGAAGGAUGGCCCUCCGGGCCCUUCGAAAGUUCAUGGACAGCCAGAAGAACGAAGAGAUCAUUGAGAGAAUGAUGCAGUUUCGUCGGCAUUACGAAGCACUCGUGGCAGCCGAGAAACAGUAA